AUGAGUUUUGACUUUGUUGGUGUGGAAACCAAUCCUCCAACAAGGAACCAAUCAUCCAACAAGGAACCAAUCCUCCAACAAGGAACCAAUCCUCCAACAAGAAACCAAUCCUCCAACAAGGAACCAAUCCUCCAACUAGCAACCAAUCCUCCAACAAGGAACCAAUCCUCCAACAAGAAACCAAUCCUCCAACAAGGAACCAAUCCUCCAACUAGCAACCAAUCAUCCAACAAGGAACCAAUCAUCCAACAAGGAACCAAUCCUCCAACAAGGAACCAAUCCUCCAACAAGAAACCAAUCCUCCAACAAGGAACCAAUCCUCCAACUAGCAACCAAUCCUCCAACAAGAAACCAAUCCUCCAACAAGGAACCAAUCCUCCAACUAGCAACCAAUCCUCCAACAAGGAACCAAUCCUCCAACAAUCAAGCCAAACCUUCAAAGCACCACUGAGACAGGUUGAGAAUCAGUUAGUAAUCACCCCAUCAAGAACUGUAUUAUCACGUGAUUGA